AAUUACGGAAAUAGCCGAGUUGUCACGAUUGGCAUUUUCUGCGCGACUACCGGAAGCGAAGAUUGUGACCUUCAGCGUGUGUUCUCGAUAAAGAACAGUUGCGUUACAUUUUACAAGUCGGUACAAAUCAUAAAAUAAUGGCACCACCAACAUAUGGCGAUCUUGGAAAGGCUGCAAAGGAUAUUUUCAGCAAAGGAUACAACUAUGGGGAGUGGAAGCUGGAGGCAAAAACCAAAACAGAUAGUGGAGUUGAGUUCACAACAAGUGGUAGUCACAGCGACAAAGGAAUCAUCAGUGGAAGUCUAGAAACUAAAUAUAAAUACUCCGAUCUCGGUCUCACAUUCAAGGAAAAAUGGAAUACUAGCAAUGUGCUGUUCACAGAAAUUGCCAUUGAAGACCAACUAGUGAAAGGACUGAAACUGGAAUUCAACACAUCUUUUGCGCCACAAACCGGAACAAAGAGUGGAAAAAUCAAAACCAGCUACAAAAUGGAUUAUGUAAAUCUCGGUUGUGAUGUUGACUUUGUGUUUGCUGGACCAACCAUCAAUGCAGCAGCUGUUAUGGGAUACAAGGGCUGGCUAGGAGGAUAUCAGAUGUCCUUCGACACAUCCAAAUCUAAAUUGACAAAGAAUAACUUUGCAGUAGGUUAUGAAGCUAGUGACUUCACCAUUCACACCAGUGUGAAUGACGGAGCCGAGUACUGUGGCUCCAUCUACCACAAGAUCAGAAGAGAUCUAGAGGGAGGAGUUAAACUCGCUUGGUCCUCUGCCAAGAGCUCAUCACUGGAGCUGGGCACCAAGUACAAGAUUGAUGGUGACUCAUCUGUAUCUGCCAAAGUAGACAGCAACAGCAGAGUGGGAUUAGGAUACACAACAAAACUUAGAGAUGGAGUUAAACUGACUUUAUCUGCUCUUGUUGAUGGCAAGAACUUCAAUGCCGGAGGACACCAACUGGGCCUAGGACUAGAUUUUGAAGCUUGAGUUGUGACAUGAGUGACUUUGUUGACUUGUAAAAUGUAACCCGGACAUUCAACAGUGAGAGUGGACCUCAUCAGAUUUAUGAGAACUGUUUCUUUUUAUUCAUCAUGUUACAAAAAUUCUUGUCUUCGAAAAAAAAAUUCUACUGAUUUAGCUUCUUUGUGUCAUUGUAUGAAACCAUUAAGGAAAAAGAGUGCUAGUAAACUGAUCUGAUGUCUUAGAAAAGUUUUGCUUUUGUUUCUAGUUUUGUUUGAUUUAAUGGAUGGUUUUGUUUAGACGUUUGGAGGAGGGAUAAAUUGCUGGCCUACAGUUGUGUGUGAUUUGAUGGCAAUGGAUUUAUUUGAGUGGGUCAUUUUGGUUGAUGAGAUCACCAAAAGAUGGUUAUCAAAACAUUGUACAUUGAUUCUUGUCAAACAAUGUCAUGUUCAAGCUCACCAUUACUGAUCUGUAAAGGAUAUUUAAUUUGCAGUUAAUCCUCUUGUCUUCGAUGUAUAUCUUUGAAUAAAAUGUGAAGAAGUGGUUCACUAUAUCGCUUUAAUAAAUAUUUUGAAAUUGUUUCAGAUUAAAAAUGCAAGUUUUAAAUGGGAUCAUUGGUUUCAUCAGAACUACUUCAGUAAUCUCUUUAAAAAAGACGUAGAUGUUUCUAAUCCUGUUUGAACAAUCAUGUGUCUGUAGAUUUUUAAGUUGAGUUAUAAAAAAUUCUACAGAGAAGGUGUAUUUAUUUUAUUAAACAAUGGAUUUAUUCAAUAAUGUAUUGAUGUUUGUAAGCAAUAUUUAAUUAAUCUACAUGUAGCACUACAUGUUCUGUAGAAGUAGCUAGAUUUAACGUGUCUGUACUUGUGCACCACUCAUUAAAAGUUUCCUAAA